UAAUAGAAAAGCAAAAAUUCAAUAGGCCCCCAAAACUCGAAUUUAUGGUAUCGUAAUAUAAAGCUACAUAUGUGGUGAGAAGAACACAGUUUAUAUUUGGACAGUUUGUUCUGAGGACUCUUCAUACAGUUUAUAGUAUAAGAACAAAACACUUGAGGACAAACGAAUAUUAUGAUCUAGAAAACCUAAAAAAAAAAAUGGAUUAUAAAACAACAUACAUAAGAGAGGGUCCUCGACGUGGUUCUUUCACAGUUGAACAAGAUCUUUCGACAUCAACUAACUGUACAAGUAACGCUAAGCCCUUCGUUUUUAAGCUUGGUGUUUGUGCAAUGCAGUCAAAAGUAAACAGUUCUCCAAUGCAAAGUAUUUUAAAAAGAUUAGCAAAAUCUCCUGAUUUUCAAAUUAUACAAUUCUCCGAAAAUGUCCUACUACACAAACCCGUUUCUUCUUGGCCGAUCGUUGACUGCCUUAUUGCUUUUCAUUCCAGAGGUUACCCUUUUGAGAAAGUAAAAGAAUACACUCAGGCUACCAAUCCCGUUAUUUUAAAUGAUUUGGAUGGAAUGCAUUUUCUUCGAAGUCGUGUAAAAGUCAUUCAAAUGCUAAAAGAGUGUGAUAUUCCAACACCUUCACAUAUCAUUGUAGACCACCCUCUAUGCACAUUAGGAAAUCCAAAUCAUGUGUUUGAGGAACAUUAUGAUUAUAUUGUAUAUAACGGAUUAAGGUUGAAUAAACCCUUUAUAGAAAAACCAUGUGACGCUGACAAUCAUAAUAAUUAUGUCUAUUACCCUCGAAACGCUGGGGGUGGUUGUAAAAAAUUAUUUCGCAAAAUAGAAGAUCGCUCUAGUAUUUUUUGUCCUGACUACCACCAGGUUCGCCGGGAUGGAAUUUACGUUUAUGAAGAAUUCUUAGCAACAUUUGGAACUGAUGUGAAGGUUUAUACAGUAGGACCCUUCUUCGCACAUGCUGAAGCUAGAAAAGCUCCCACAUUGGAUGGGAAGGUGCAAAGAACAGCUCAUGGAAAGGAAGUCCGAUAUCCUGUAAUUUUAAGUGAAUUUGAGAAAGUCAUGGCGUACAAAAUAGUUGAGACCUUUAAGCAGGUCAUUUGUGGGUUUGAUAUUCUUCGCACCACAAGCGGUUUCUCAUAUGUGUGUGAUGUUAAUGGAUGGUCCUUUGUCAAGGGAAAUGUUAAAUAUUAUAAUGAUUGCGCUCAUGUUAUACGAAUUUUAUUCCUUACAAAAUUGCAAAAAAAAUAUAAUUUUAUUCCUCGCGAAUUGCGAGAAGGAGAACUCUCUAUUGAAGCUGAAGAAGACACAUUAAGAAAAACUUUUAUUGAAGUUGAUGAUUCCGUUAUACAUCCAAAUGAUGCAGAUGAAGAGCUUCGGGCAAUGAUUGUCGUCAUGCGUCAUGGAGAUCGUCAGCCCAAACAAAAGUUGAAAUUCGAAACAUCUGAACCUGAACUCUUGGAAUAUCAUUGUCAAAGUGAAUCUGAAGAUGCAUCAAAUUCAUCUUGUGUUACCAUAAGUCAGCCGAAGGAAAUAAAGCUGAAAUCUCCUGAAGAGCUUCAAUGCUUAUUAGAGAAAACUCGACAUAUCAUUAAAAGAAUGAGUCUUAUGUCAUUGGAAGGGAUAGAAGCAAACCAGCUGUUUGAACAUUUUUGUUCACUCCAACGAGUUUUACAGCGAGGCGACGGGUUUUCUGGAAUUAACCGAAAAUUCCAAAUCAAACCAGUGGAAUGGAAAAGUGUGAUAAGUAAAUCAGGAGACACUCUUGUAGUCGUAACACGACAGCUUAUCGUAGCUAAAUGGGGCGGUGAAUUAACCGGGGUAGGUCAAGCGCAAGCUGAGGAUCUUGGUAAACGGCUGCGCGCCGCAAUGUACCCCGGGGAUGAGGAAGGGGGUUUACUUCGAUUACACUCAACAUUCCGACAUGAUUUGAAAAUUUACACGUCUGAUGAAGGCCGGUGCCAAGUAACCUCCGCAGCUUUCACGAAAGGAUUCUUGGAUUUAGAGGGACAACUGACCCCUAUAUUAGUUCAAAUGGUUAUGCGAAAUGCUAAAGCACAUGCCUUAUUAGACAAUUCCUCAGUGCAAUCCAAAGAGCGCGAUUUGUGUAAAAAAUGGUUAGAUACACUGUUCAAUUCAGAAAACGGUCUAGACGAUAUGGAACCAAACCUUAGGGAGUGCAUAAAGCAUUCACCCGGCUAUCAAGAAGCCGCUCAAUUUUUCAAAAAACCAAGGGUGAACAUGAUUGCAAUUAAGGAACGUAUAGAAGAAUUAGUCAAUGCUUUAUCAUUUGAAAUUCGACGAUGCGAGUGGGCCACGGGGCCUCCAUCACAGGUUCGCGGAUCUCUGGAAGAUGACAAUGCAGUUUUUGACGAGGACCAUUAUCAGAGUUCUCAAGAUGUAUCAAAAUUACCUAUUGUUUCACAAUAUUACACAGAGCAUCUUUUAGACAAACUCUCCAACCAAAUGCAUAAAAAAUUAAAUAAUAAUUGCAUGACUGAUGGGUUUCCUUGUAAUUCAUGUCAUUUAAUUUUUCUCUUAUCUGACCGAUUGAGAGAUAUCCGCAGUCGCUGGCAGGAGUUGAGUAAUUCCUGGUAUCGUGUAAAAAAAAAACGCUUUGAUUCUAGUAAAUUACCUGAUCUUGUUGAUAAUGUGCGUUAUGAUUUGAUACACAAUCAUACGUAUAUUGGCACUGCCGCUCUUAAAGCCGCGUUUUCCAUAUACACACAAGUAGAGCCGUUAGCAUCUUUCCUUGGUCCAGCCGAAUAUGGACUAACGCCAAAGCAGAAAAUUGUAAUAGGUGUCAGCUUAAUACCAAAGCUUUUAAAGAAAAUUAUUGCGGAUAUUACAUUUUCGCGCCAAAGUCCUGAUGUCAAAAAUUCUGAAAAAUUCAUUUCUUCGGAACAAGAUUUACUUCAACCUUCUUCUAAUUUAAAGGCUUCUUCAUACAGUGACACAUUACAUGAACAGAAUACAGCCGCUUCUAAAAAAAUGGACUCAAACCCCCUCGUUUACGAGCAGGAAACAUCCACAGUUCAUCAGGAUGAAAAUCUUUAUAAAACAUUAAAGUCGCCACGUCGAGGCUCCAUUCAACACGAAACUCUGUUAACUAUUCCUCACAAUCAAACAGUUGUUAUUAAUACGGACCCUCUGUGGGGUCAUCAAAAACCACGCCAAACUCCCGCACAGGCUUCUUUUUCAAAUUUGACAACGUCCGAUGGAAAAAAAAAUGCUCAAGAUGCGCGACAUAACGACAAUGGUGUUCAUAGUUUAAUAUGUAAACAUAACUCUAUAGAGUCAGAAAAAUGGGCAAAUAAAAGCGAAUACGGUAGUAUGGGAAUGGAUGAAAAACUUAGCAGGUCGUCUUUAGAAGAAAAAAAAAAAGACGAGGAAGACGAUGACCACGACGAUACGUGGAGUCACUUUCGACUUAAAGAAAAAGACGCCAAAGAAAUGGGGAUCAAAUCCCCAUGGCGUAUCGUUCGUUCCAGAUACUACGUGGCUUCUGCUUCUCAUAUUUUUUCUUUGUUCAAUAUAUUGCUACAUGGGUAUGGCGUCUUACAAAAAGAAAAAAUAAGUGAUAAUUCCCAAAAAAAUCUUAUUGAUGAAGAAUCAUUAGAUACUGCCACAAAUAUCACUGAUAUACACUAUUUAUCCCACAUAGUUUUCAGAGUUUGGGAGAAACGCAACGUUGAUAGUAAUAAUCCCAAUCGUUUUCGAGUUGAAAUACAGUUUUCAACUGGUGCUAAAGACGGUUUCGGAAGUAACUACAGCAUGCUACGAGAGCACGCGCAAGCAAAGCAGGCACUUUUUCAAAAACAUUUACAACACGUUCUAGCACAUCAAUCUGAAAUAAGUCCAUCUCGACUUCAAAGCCCACUCAUGAAUGUUGUAUGUUCUCUAAAGGACUCUUCAGUACAUUGCAUCCAUACAGACUCACCAAAUAUACAUAAAACAGAAGAUGUAACGAAAAGAGCAGCGGAACGGAGACACUCAGUUUGUUAUUCUCACGACUCUACAUUGGAUGGUUUGGAUAUUUUGAACAAAAGCAAAAGCGGCUUACACAAUGACAACUUUGCUUCCAGUAUCAAUAAGUAUGAUGUCUCUGCUUCUCAACCACAAAUGUCAAUUGUAUCAAGUCAAUUUGACAAAUGGUCAUCAUCAGGAACACAACCUGAAUCUUUUUAUGAAGAGAAGCAGGUUUUUGAGACCAACGACUCGGAAUUGGAAGAAAAUACCCAUCAUUCUCUAAGAUCUUUUAAUGGAAAUAAAAUAGAAUCCAAGGUUAACAGUUCCGACCAUCAAUCACCUCACCGUAUAUCAGGAGACCCAGUACCACCGUAUUGCGAAAUAAAUCCGUUACAUCGACUCACGCGCAAUUGCUCGGUUGAAAUACUGGAAAAGAUGGUUUAUGCUUUAUUGAGUCAAGCAAAAGAAUUACGUAAUGAUCUUUCUUUUUAAUUUUUUAUCCUUAUAAUGAUAUUCCUUUCGAAACUAAACUCGACUCCACUCGACUGAAUUAAUUGUAUUUUCAAACGACAAUACUCAGCUACCAGCUUAGCUCCCACUCGACACGGUUAGUGAUUAGUCAAUUAAUUACUACGACAGUUUCGUAAUCUUUUCCUUUUUAAAAAAAUUGUUACAACAUGCACAAGCGAAAAAAUAACUUGUAUGUUUUAAUAACAAUUGUGUUUCUUUUUUAAUUCAAUUAAGGAAAAUUUCAAAACAAUA